AUGCAGCAGUCCAACGGCGCCGGCGUGCGCCUCGUGAUUCCGAAGGAGUAUCAGCUCACCCCGCCGGUGCGCGCCCCUCGAAAGAAGAGCCCCUUCAACGAGCGGGGAUGCGAACGUUCAAUCCGGUGCCGAGUGCGGCGUCACCCCGGGAACCCGACCCCUGACCCGCCUUCUUCCCCGCCCCUUCCCCGAACGCAGGUGAGCCUGCCGCGCAUGGACGCGGAACCCCCGUCGAGCGACGCCGCGGACUUCGACACGACGCGCGAGCGCAACGUGCUGCUCGAGGAGGGCCUCGAAGAGUCCCCCGUCGCGCACGAAAACGGUGGAGACGACGGCCGACGCGAGCCAUCGGAGGGCCGCGACCCGACGGGCCUGGAGGCGACCGUGCGGCGGAUCGUUGGCGCGCCGGACGAUCCGACCGUGGCGGAGUACGUCGCCGGUGGGCACCCGAGGGACGCGGUGACCCUGGGUCUGGCCAUGUGGGGCAGCGACAAGCGGGACCGGGUGGUGCAGUUCUGCGUGGGGUUCGAGCAGAUGGCCGGGAUGGGGUUCCGGCCGGAGCACGUCGCGGGGGCGCUGGCGAGCAACGACAACGACGUGGAGAAGGCGAUCGCGGCGUGCCUGUCGGAGUCCAGAUCCCUGCCGCCCGGGCGCCAUUAG